CAGCGUCCUCCCGGGUCCCUUCCUGUGGCUGUGUCAGCAUCCGGGUUCUCAGGCUUCAUCGCUGCUCGGCGGCUGGAGUCACUGGCCGUUACCCGGUUGCAUUGGUGACCGACCGCUGUGCGGGUGUCGGAGGAGGCUGUAGGUGUGCGGGUGUGAACUUCUUGUGCUAAGAGCCGUGCAUCACCAAUAAUGAGGCUUGUAAUUCUUGAUAACUAUGACUUGGCCAGUGAAUGGGCAGCAAAGUACAUCUGCAAUUGUAUCGUUAAGUUCAAACCUGGACAAGACAGGUAUUUUUCACUGGGCUUACCAACAGGGAGCACACCUUUAGGAUGCUAUAAAAAAUUAAUAGAGUACCACAAGAGUGGGAAUCUUUCAUUUAAAUAUGUGAAGACCUUUAACAUGGAUGAAUAUGUAGGACUGCCACGAAAUCAUCCUGAAAGCUACCAUUCUUAUAUGUGGAAUAACUUUUUUAAGCAUGUUGAUAUAGAUCCUAAUAAUGCUCACAUCCUUGAUGGGAACGCUGAAGAUCUGCAGGCAGAAUGUGAUGCAUUUGAGGAGAAAAUCAAAGAAGCUGGAGGAAUAGAUCUUUUUGUUGGAGGAAUAGGUCCAGAUGGUCAUAUUGCUUUCAAUGAGCCAGGAUCCAGUUUAGUAUCAAGAACAAGAUUAAAGACUCUAGCUAUGGACACCAUUUUGGCAAAUGCUAAAUAUUUUGAUGGAGACUUAUCAAAAGUGCCGACCAUGGCUCUAACUGUUGGUGUGGGGACAGUGAUGGAUGCUAGGGAGGUGAUGAUCCUCAUAACAGGUGCACACAAGGCAUUUGCCCUGUACAAAGCCAUUGAGGAAGGAAUCAAUCACAUGUGGACUGUUUCAGCUUUUCAACAGCAUCCCCGAACAAUUUUUGUAUGUGAUGAAGAUGCUACUUUAGAAUUAAGAGUGAAAACUGUGAAAUACUUUAAAGGCAGUAUUCUAAAUGCAUCUCCCUGACUGAACUACUUAAUUCUCACAACAGUGCUAUGCAGUUUAAUGCAUGUGCACAAUAAACUCGUGGAUCCACUGUACAGUAUGAGAGAAGAAAACUGAUGGAGACUACAGCAAAAUUCUGCUUGGAAAAGGAAACUUUUCUUACUAGAAUUUCAGCUUAUGCAAUAUGAUAAAAAUGGGGAAAUAUAAAGACAUUGAAAAAGAAAAGAACAGUGUGUGUUAAACAUUCCAUAUUUAGAAUGUGUGUUUUACACUAGGGCCUAGAACUAAGCCAACCCCCAAACUGGUUGGCUGUUAAAAAGUACAGAAGCUAUAUAGCUACCUAUAAACAGCAAAGCAGUGAAAUGUCUGCAUUUUAAGAGAUUCUACACAUCAGGUACUGUAUGACAAUCUCUUUGACUUAUUUACAAGAAGACGCUCCAACCUGUUCCAGUAUCAUAAAAGCCUUCACUUUUGGAAUGUCUAUUCUUUGUGCAUCACACAUGCUUUUUGCCUGUAGUUGCCUUAGUCAUCUUUCUGCAGUAGCAUCUGGACAUCAGUAGUCCUGCUAUUCAUUAAUCAAGGAAAUCUGAAGAGAUGACAUUGUCCCAAAGUAGUUUACAUCCUUUCAGAAAGUAUCUGUAAGUGCAUGCUUUUAUGCACCUUCUUAUGUAAUACUUUUUUACAGAUAUGCUUAUUUUUAUUUAAAGACCUAGGUCAGUGCCCUUAAUAAAGAAGUAUAUUGGCAACUAUGAGCUUUAUACCUAGCUAUAAAUUAAAAAAAAAAUCCUUUUGAAGAACAUUUUCUGAUUAUUGUUAAAUUUUAUAAAUAAUCCUUAUAUAUGUCUAAAGAGAUAAGUACUGUAAACCUUUAAAUUGCAAAAACUUGUAUAAUUAAGCUGCAAAUAAAAAUAUUGUUUUCUAUCUUUAACUCAAAA